CUCAUAAUUUAAUAUACAGGGUGUUGGUGUUUGUUGGGCUUUGUUAGGGGGGUCUGCAGCAGUAAUAGCUUAGCGAGACUGUAUCCAUGUCAGUGGAACAAGCCAUGCUGAUGUCAGAGAUUUUUCCUCUUCCCUCCACGGUGGGAGGAUCUCUGUGCGUUGAGUCACGCAGCUGUCAAAGAUAGCUGUCACCCAGUUUCAGGAUCAAACACACAGUCAAUGAGAAAAAGGGCUUUGAGCCGAAGGGACGCAGAGAUCUCAGGUAACCCCCCUUACGUCUCCAAACAAGGACGACCAGAAGAGAAAACUAUUUUUAAAAAAAGGGGAAACAAGCGAGUUUUGAUGAAUAAGGAUUUUCGGAUACACGCUGGGGAUAUCUGGAGAAAAGAAGAAAAACACAGCAAUAACACAAAGACAAUUUUCUUCUGCGUCUGACGAGGAAAAAGUGGGCAUUCUCGGUCGGAGAUGAAGGCGAAAAAGGGUUUGAUGAUGCUGUCAGGGAGUGAGACGGAUGACGAGGACAGCGUGGACGCCCCUCUGGAUCUGUCGUCCAGCUCGGGGAGCAACGGGAAGAGGAAACGGCGGGGGAAUCUACCCAAAGAGUCCGUUCAGAUCCUCAGGGACUGGCUGUACGAGCACCGUUACAACGCUUACCCCUCUGAGCAGGAGAAAGCCCUCCUGUCCAAACAGACUCAGCUCUCCACACUACAGGUGUGCAACUGGUUCAUUAACGCACGGCGGAGACUUCUCCCAGAGAUGCUGAGGAAAGAUGGCAAAGACCCUAACCAGUUUACCAUAUCCAGAAAAGGUAGCAAAGCAGGCGACAGCUUCUCUGACAGCUCCCAGUCCCCGAAACACAGCAGUCCUUCAGCCGGUACGGAGGAGAGCUACGACAAACGUGUUCUACACCCCUCCUGCUUCGAACCCGCCGUGCCCGGAGUCCUGAGGAAGGCGGCGUCUCCCUCCUUACCCUCUCCAACCUCCUUGUCCCCUUCUCCGGGCUCAGUACCCACCCGGCCCUCUGUCAUCUGUCACACCACUGUCACCUCAGCAAUGCAGGCCAGCCCGACAGCCUCCCACCCGUCUGUGCCAGGAAUGAACUGUGACAGGGCAGCAGAGCUGUUGCAGGCUGUGCAGGUUCAGGCGCUGCUCAGGUGCCAGGAUGAAGGGCCAGGCAGCCAGCCUCUCCCCACCACUACCACCAUCCUCAGCAGCACCGGCAUGGAGGGCAACCUGAGCCCCCGCAGCGGGCUUUUCAACACCCCUCCCCCCACCCCUCCAGACCUCACACAAGACUUCAGCGGUUUCCAGCUCCUGGUGGACGUGGCCCUCAAACGGGCUGCAGAGAUGGAGCUGCAAGCCAAACAGCUGGUGUCCUAAAAGUGACAGAAGAAGAAGAAGAAGAGGGAAUAGAGACUGACUUUGUGUCUCGACUAUGGAACUCCUCUGAGUUCAGUGACUUGUCUGCACGCAAUUGAGAACAAAUCCACAUGAAAGCCUGAUCAUUUCUAUUUUUGGUAUACCAAUCAAAUUGAUGAGAAUGUUUUUUUAUUGAAAAAGAACUGUAUCGAGGUGCCUUGGCUGUAAGUUGUUUAUCCAUUUCACAUACAUGCGUAUGUAUCUACAUGUGUAUCUUAUUUGCACACAGGGACCAAAAAUGUUAUCAGAGAAAUGCUGCCUGUCUUACGUCUUUCCAUUAUACUGUAUAUAGUUGUAGAGGACGGAGAAUUAACUAGAAUCAGCCCUCCUUCACAGACCUAUCAGACAGAUGGGUCGCGUCUACACACGUUUACUGUUAUACAUUUCAGAGAUCAGUUCCUGAUUGGUCUGCCUCGUUUGUUUGCACACUAAAGGCAGAGGAAGGUCAUCUCAGUGUCUUAAACAUACUUUGCUCUCAGCAUCUAUGACAAACAUAUUCACUACUGUAGUAAAUGUUUUGUGUUUUCAUGAGUAUAAGUAUAGUUUUUAUUUUGUCAUUUUACUUUUAGCUAUUUUAAAAGAAAAAAACCUAUGCUUUUUGUUUUAUACUUUUUUUUUUUCCCCCACCAAGGGAUAUUUCAGAUGACCAAUGUAGCAGGUUCUUAGUCUGAACCUUCAUCCCAUCACUCAGCGAAAACGACGGCCAGUGGACUGGAAAAUGAAACACUACAGAUGUCUUUUCUGCAUUUGCUGUUUUACAACCUGACAAAGACGGCAUUUUUUUUGAAAUCACCAAAAAAGCAUUUUCAUGUAUAAUAGAACCAUGUGUAUAGUUAAUGUGACAUGAUGCCCAAUGAUGUGAUUUCUUUUCAUACUGUGCAAUGCUUGUGGCAAAUAGGGGUCACAUGGGAUUCAAAUAAAGUUUUGUUUUUCUACA